AUGUACAGACGUGUGAACAGUGAAUUAAAUAGAUUUAUUUUGGAUGCUGGUUCUAGCAAUAAUAAUAAUUUUGAGAGUAGUAGUUCAUCAAAUAUAAUCGAACCGCCAAAGUCAGUUGAAAUUUCAGAUAACUUGCAGCUUGAUUCUGACAAUUCAGUGUCGGAUUCAAUUCCAGCACAUGAUUUUUUUUUCAAACCUACUGAUUUAUUGCAAGAUUCUGAUAAUGAAGAUCCUUCCCAAGAGCAGCAGCAGGUUACAGCAAAAAAUCAAAAUAAUCCAAAUAGUGACCUCAAAUUUGAUUUAAAAAGUUGGGCAAUAUCACAAAAAGUCACCCACUGUGCUUUAACAAAACUUUUACAUAUUUUGAAACCAUAUCAUUCAGAACUUCCCCUUGAUAGUCGCACUCUUUUGUCCACCCCACAAUGUUUCAAUAUAACAGAAUUAAAUACUGGAUCAUAUAUACAUUUAGGCCUAGAGAGAGCUGUGAGAUUUUUUUUAGAAAAAUACAGAAACUUUAAUGACAACAUUAUAAAUGUUAGUUUCAAUAUUGAUGGUAUUCCUCUGUACAAGAGCUCCAAUAUACAAGCAUGGCCUAUACUAGGUUUAAUUAAAAAUUUCAAUGAUCAGAAUCCCUUUGCUGUUGGUAUCUUUUGUGGAAACUCCAAACCCUGUCCUCUUGAUUUAUAUUUGGAUUCAUUCAUUAGGGAAUGUAAUAAUUUAAAAGAAGAUGGUUUACUAUUUGAAAAUAGAAGGUACUCAAUUGUUAUUCAUAGCUUCAUUUGUGAUGCCCCAGCUAAAGCUUUUAUUAAGUGCAUCAAAUCACAUAGUGGAUAUUCAAGUUGUGACAAAUGUAUUGAAAUUGGUGAUUACAUAAAUGGCAGAGUCGUUCUCAAAAACACUAAUAGUGCUAAGAGGACAAAUAAUUCAUUAAGAGAGCAGCUUGAUGAAGAUCAUCAUGUUGGAAUUUCUCCGUUGCUUAAUUUAGACAUUGACAUGGUAAAUAUCUUUCCGAUUGAUUACAUGCACAAUGUUUGCCUUGGUGUGAUGAAAAAGCUUUUAAAUUCUUGGGUAGGAGGCAAUUUAAAUGUUAGAUUACCAACGAGGUUAGUAACUUUUAUUUCAAACAGACUGGUAAACUGUGUGAGUUUUAUUCCAGGGGAAAUCAAUCGUAAGCCAAGACCUUUGUCUGAGCUGCCAAAAUUUAAGGCUACCGAAUUUAGAACAUUUCUUUUGUAUACAGGAAUUGUAGUGUUGAAAGAUAUUGUUAGUGCCCCUAUUUAUAAUCAUUUUCUUUUGUUUCAUACUGGUAUAAUACUAUUAAUGUCUGAAAAUAAUUUGUCAAGAGAAAAAAAUUGUGAAAACUCCAAAAGAAUUUUUGAAACCUUUAUUAGCCAUGGACAAAAGUUAUAUGGGCCUGAAUUUCCAAUUUACAAUAUACACGUUUUAAGUCAUCUUCCAGAUGAUGUUUUGAAGUUUGGCUCACUUGAUAGUUUUUCGGCUUUCCCGUUUGAAAAUUAUUUGGGAAACAUAAAGAGUUUAGUUAGGUCUUCUACAAAACCAUUGCAACAAAUUUGUCGAAGAAUUAUUGAGUUAGAAUCAGUAAAUACCUGUACGAUUUUGAAUCACGAAGUGAAGUUAGAAUUUGAACACUACAACGGACCAUGCAGUAGUAAUCAACUAUCUAAAAAGUUUAGAAAAUUAUCUUUGAAAAACAAUUUUUUUACUAUCCAUUCGUACUCAAAAGCAGACUCUUACUGUUUCACCAAUGCCUAUGUUAUUCAAAUAGAAAACUUAAUUAGGGAAAACAAUGAUAAUAAUGAAAUUAAGAUUAUUGGCAGGUAUUUUACUUCAUGUGACUCCUAUUAUGAUUAUCCAUUUGAUUCCAGUGAUUUACAUAUACAUUUAGUUUCAGGUUUAACCAACUUCACAAAAACUUGGCAUAUUUCUGAAAUAAUUGGAAAAUGUAUGCUUUUGCCAUAUCAGGAUAAUUUUGUAUCAAUUCCCCUCUUUCACACUUGCAAGGUUUAA